CCAUCAGUGAGGUUGUCAGUCAUGUUUGUGAAAGUUAGAGUGUUGGCUCUCAUAUUCUUUGUGAUGAAGGAUGUUCACCCCACCUAUGCUGAAAAAAAACUGGCUGCACCCAAGAAUGUGAAGGUGACCUCCAUCAAUAUGGCUACAGUUGUCAAAUGGAGAUCUCCACACGAUCCCAUGAGUAAUGUGACAUACACCGUAAGAUAUGUCUUGAAAAGUGAUGUCAUUUCCAUCUGUGUGAACACCACAGAGCUGAAAUGUGAUGUAGGAAAACUGCCAAUUGUAUUUGGGAGUUACAUUUUUCAAGUGCGGGCAGAAGAUCGGGGGCUGUUCUCUAAAUGGGUUAAUACAACUGAAUUUUCACCAUUUAAGCACACUAUCAUAGGACCCCCUACUGUGCAUCUUGUCAUCCAAAAUAAUACCUUGGAUGUGCACAUCCAACCUCCAGUGCUGAAAGUGGGCAAACUUUCCAGCCUUUUUUCACAAACGUCCUACAUCAUCAGAUAUUGGACCGAAGGCUUUGAAGAGGAGGCAGUGGAGAAGAUGGUUACUGAUGACAGUGAAGAUGUUAAACUGAAUAUUAAAGGACUGCAUGCCUGGAGCAGAUAUUGUGCUCAGGCUAUGGUGGUUCCCAAAGGCUACGGAAAUGUCAAACAGUUCAGUACUGCCGUAUGUGUGACCAACACACCUGUGGCCAUCAGCUGUGUGAUUGCUGUUGUCAUCCUUCUUCCUCUGACAAUCCUGGCUGCCUGGCUGAUCUAUAAAGUGUACAGAUUUCUGUACCCUAAAACCAAAUUACCAGAACUUCUCAAGAAUUUAUUCGUACCGACAUUUUGGAAUACUGAGACAACCCAACAUUCUGCACACCAGAAAGAACAGCAUGAUAAAAUCAGUGCCAUAUCUGAGGACCGUCUAUAUGAAGAGCUCAGUGAGAAAGUCAAGAUAUCAGAGGACAAGGACUCUGGGUUGGAAACUGUUCUCGCCCCAAUUCAAGAGGUGGAAGAGGACUACAAACUCCUGAUGCACACGCAACCUGCACCUGCUUUUUACCCUAACCACCUCUACCCGUUAUGCUUAAAAAACUCGCUAUUUACUCAUUUAAACCAGCCCUGCUUCACUAGCUCUCAGUCUUCUUACUACAAUGUAGCAGGCACAAGCUCUGAGCUGAAACACACUGGAUGUGUUUGCUGAACUCACCAACAAGCUGAUUUUAUUAAGAAUCUUCUUAUUUUCUGUAGCAAGUAUAAAAACUAUGCAGUGUAAUAUGUCGCAUUGUUUACGUAUGCUAAUAACUGAAUGCACUUUUUGAGAAAAUUAUAUCAUUGUAUGUCUAUAAAUGGUUGUAUUGUUGAUGUAAAAUAGUGAAUUGAUCAUA